GCAGCGCCUCGCCUCUUACAGACAACUUUUAAUACACUGUUAUCUUUCUGUUUCUCUUUUUCCACCUCUGCGAGUUAUCGAGUGAAGUCUGGAGGCAUAUGACCAAAGCACAGGAGGGAGAUGUCGAUUGAUAAUUAACUGAGGUACCUGAAUCGGUGACGUAGGUGGAGAGUAGGGGGUGACGAGAGAGAGAGAGAGAGAGAGAGAGAGAGAGUGGAGGGGCGCGGGCCGGAGAGGAGAGAGAGGUCUUGCCUCUUGUCUUGCUGAGGCUCUUUGAUUCAGUGGCAGUGACUGAGACAACCCCGUUACCGGCCACCGUAAACCCGUGUAACUACGAGCUUCGAUCAUACUCCAGACCAACAGCUAAAGAUUUCCCCGGAGAACAUCGCGUCUUUAUCGCGUGUCUGCAGCCGAAAUCAUAACAGGACAUUUGGCAAAAGCGAACUUUGAUAAGAAAAUAGACAUUUAUACUGGACGACAGCAAAGUAAGAAGAUGCUUUGUGUGUCUGGUGAGCGCAAAAUCUGCCAGUCAAAGUCCGCGAAUCAAAGCUUGGCACAUAAAGGAGUACCUGCGAUGAAGAUACCAGCAAGAAGCUCCACGCGGUAAGAAGUGGAAGAGUGAUAUUCACAGAGAAAGACCAGACAGAAGAGUGAGGAGGCCAAAGAACAAACACCAGCGCGUCCUCAAAUGAUGGGGAUUAAGCACCUUCUGCUUCUUUUGAUUUACUUAGACCCGCUGAAUGUCCUGUGCGCCGCCACCACCAACAAAAAGAACAAAAUCCCGCUGAGGAGGAACCCAAAGGUGAAGGAGGUCAACGGCAGCACCACCGCGGUCCCGCUGUCCGUGGCCGUCCCGGGGAAGAUCACGCAGGUCCAGGCUCCCAGGGUGCAGCACGACACCUGUCUGGGCUACUACGACGUGAGCGGGACGUACGACAAAGAGUUCAGCUGCAACAACACCGAUCACCGCUUCUGUUGCGGCAGCUGCUUCUUGCGCUUCUGCUGCGCGGACCGGGGGAAGCGCCUGGAGCAGAAGAGCUGCACCAACUACAACACACCGGACUGGAUCAAAACCCAGCCCCCUUCACCGGGGCCCACAGGUGAUACCUAUGACCCGGAGCUGGACCAGACCAACACCACGGUGUAUAUCACCUGCGGGGUCAUAGCGCUCGUCAUUGCCAUUGGGAUAUGUGUUAAAGUUGCCUAUGAUAAAGCCACCAAGCCCCCUCAGGAAAUGAAUGUGCACAGAGCCCUGGCAGACAUUCUGAAGCAACAAGGACCAGUUCCAAUAUCUCAGUAUGAACAUGAAAACCUUGCAGCGAUUGAUGGGUCACCCAAAGACGAGACGCCGGUCAGAUCCUCGAAGAGUCACUACACACCUGUUCACACCAAGGCAUCGAACCACGGACACUAUGGGAAAGAAAACCUGCGCGGCGGGGGCCAAGACAUGCACAACUUCAUCUCCUCUGGGUUUGUGACACUCGGACGUGGCCACUUGAAAGCGCAGCACUCCAUAGACGAAUCGGGGCAGAUGUCCUGGCAGGGCGAUCUGGACAUCCCCCUCUCCUACGGAAACCACCACCAUGACUACCAGCACAGCCACCUGGAUCUCACUGCGCUAACACCUAAACUGGCCCACAGACAAAUGAGAUACGAGAGACCCCAGCGGAUGAACAACAUCCUGACCUCAGCCACGGAGCCCUACGACGUGUCCCUGUCCAGAUCCUUCCAGAACCUCAGCCAUCUGCCGCCCUCCUACGAGGUGGCCCUCAAGUCUGACUUAAGUAAAUACUCCUCCUCUCUCCACAGAUUAAGUGAGGACGUAGAUGACUACUAUGCGAGAAAGCAUCAUCAUCCUGACUUCGGCGGCCGGGGCCCGACCCACAUGGUGAAGCUGAACGCAGAUCCCCAGCAGCACCACCAGCACCAGCAGCACCAGCAGCACCAGCAGCGGCAGCGUCCCCGCCGAGUCCAGAGGGCCAUGUCCCAGGACCACGUCCUGUCUCCUCCCCGGACACCACGUCGCGGGGACUACGGCUUGUCUUCGUACGGCGUCAUGGCGGCGGCCGCGUACAGCAGCAGCCGACACCUCUCAGAGGAGCAGCUGCUGUCGGCAGAGCGCCUCCACUCCCAGGAUCCCUUGCUGUCCCCGGCGAUGAGGCGUGACAAGUUCCGGGAGAAGGCGAUGGCUCGGGCGAUGUCGCACGCCGAUAUGCUAAUGCCCAUCACGCCCGUCAUGGACCGCCACAAGAUGACCAAGAUGCACUCUCAACCCACUGCCUCUAACGACUCCUACAACACGCUGACGGUCAACAACCAAGCGAGCACAUCUAAGAGGCAGGCGUUUGCCUCCCGACGAACACACACGGUGGACCACCUACAGUACAUUCCGGGCCAUCACCACACAUACCGCACUGCCAGUAAGAACGAGGUAACUGUUUAGCCGCAGAGCGGUCAGCUGAAGGAUUCCUGAGACACGCCACGGACGUCGACAGAAAUCUCGAAAAUCAGCAAGUCUCCUCAGCAGAGGUGUUCUGUCUUCUUAUUAAAACAACCUCCUCCAUUAAAAAAAAACUCUUCCUGCUUUUUAGCACAAGCCUCCUGUGUCAUCCAGAAUCAACCCCGGCAAAGACAUCUCUCUCUCUCAGAGCAUCAUAAGGGCUUUGCGCGUUGACACAAAGAAGGAUCCUUCAUGUCAGAUGGAUGUUUGACAGCCUGAAGAAAAUAUUUUUUAAACUGGACAUGGGACUGGAAAGGGAAUUGUAUUAACUUUCUAAAUAUAUAAAUAUACUGAUAUUUACUAUUUGUAUUUUCAGUCCUUGUUAUAGCUUUAGAGAUUCUCAUUGACUGAUGGAAGCACUUCAAGUGGUGCCUCUUAAAAUUGUCCCACUUCAACAAAGUGGAUUUGUGGGUUAAAAAGCACAAUUAAUGAAUUCCCUUUUUUUGGUUUGGUUUAUUUUACUCUUCUUCUUUGGUAAACGGCCAGGACAUAUUAGCUUAUUAGUGAAAACAGAGGCUAUUUCUGUUGCAUACGAUGAUUGUAAAUAGGCUAUAUUAGCAGCAUUAAAACAAGAAAAGCUGGCCCUUUGGCAUUAUUGUUUGGUUUGGUUUUCUCCCACCUGGAAUCUAUAUUCCCAAUUAAUAAUUUUAAUUUUAGAUAAGGCAAAGAUCCCAAAUGAAUAUUAUUUCCACAGAUGUCUGCAAAAUAUGUGGAUGUAAUAUGUACAUGGGGAGUAUUUAUUUCUUUUGUAGGUGUGCUUGUAGGAUAGAAUGAUUGUGUAUGAAACAACCUUUUACCACGGUCGACAAGCAGCUUCAGUCUGCAGACGUGAAUCCACAGGUGACAACAGAGCCUGAUGGUUGUUUGAAUUGGCUUCAUUUUUGUUCACACAUCAUUUCCUUUGCUUUGUCAUCCAUGAGGCUGACCCUCCCCCGCCCACUCUGCUGGGUUUGUGAUUGGCCAGCUGCUUCCAUCUCUACAUAUCAGGUACUCGUUGUGGCGGAGCUGAGGAGCUCAUAGGUUGAGUCAUAGUUUUGACUGAAACAAUCAGUACCGAAGAGGACGUCAUAGUCGCUAGUCAAUCAAGCAUUAAUUAAAACUGUGACCUGUUUGUCCAGAUGUUUUCAUUAAAGCAAUGCCUUAUUGUAUGGAAUCCCAUGUGCUCUUAAUUGAAUGAUCAUGCUUUUGUCACACGUCUCAUUGUCUUAGCUUUCUUGUGCAAUGUUAUUGAUUAUAGUUUACCAGCAGAACCAGCAGUAAACACUUGGACAGUAAUAGAUGAUGCAGUAUGUUACCUCAAAAAGACUAAAUUCAAUUAAAGGAGUCUCAAACCUAAAUCAGUACAUACUGGAAGGUUUUUCUAAAAUUUGUUACACUAAUCCCAUUAACUGAAUUAGUUGGGCUUUUGUUGUCAGCUGUUCAGUUAGAUGAACUGGAGAAUAGAGGUCUUCAUGUGUUCACUUAGCCUGGGAGCCAGACUUCCAUCCUAUUUAGACAGAUUUCCAGCUGGCCUGGCCCUGGGCAGACCAAUCACAAACGUGUAUCUCAUAUGGGGCGGGUUUAAGAAGAUGACAGAGGAAAGUGACCAUCCUUACAGUGAAUGCACCAGGCUCACGAAGCUCAGAUCAAACUGUCAAACUAGGGAGUGCUGAUCAAAUAUGACAUAGUACAUUUUAGUGUACUGUUUAGCUCUCAUUUGAGAAAGUUUGUAACCCAGCUGCCAUUUUUGUCCUGCUUAAAAAUGGACCACGCACUACCCUAGCUUGAUGUUAAUCAGUGCUACAUCAAUACAUUUUGAUGCUUGGAUUGGAUGUAGGUCUAUUCAAUUGAGUCCAGAGGCAUUUUAGUCAGUUGAAUGCCCCUUGGAAAUCGAAAAAUGAACUGAGAGGUUCCAGACUAAUUCGUAUUUGCAAAUCAGUCUGGCAAUGCCAGGCUAAGGUUCACUUGGUUCCUACAGAUCAAGGCACAAACCAGGACCAGAGUUGGAGUGUGUCCUGGAGUUAUAUUCUGUAUAAUCAGCUGGAUCUCGUCGGGCCUGUUUGUCACAAUGCCUAACACCGGAAUGCAUCCAAAUGGUCACUCUCAGCUCUGCUCCAACGGUGGCUUAUAAUCAUUGCAGGAGAAAAACAUAUUUUUUAAGGCAGAUGGAUAGUGUGAAUUAUAAAGUGCAGGAAAAAUGACACACAGGCCUAUCACUGCUCUUUCUUAACCGCAACUGUGAGUGAAUUGGUGAAACAUUGUGCAAAUGUUUUGAAAGUUACAAGUUAAUCUCAAGUCUUGGCUAUAGGUUCUGAUUUAAGUCCCAAAUCAAGACGAUAUCCCAAAGUCCCAAAUUAUGGAAAUAAAGUCCCAUGUGCAGACAAUUAUAUCCCAAGUUAAGACAAUGAA